CAGGAGUUCGAGACCAGCCUGGCCAACAUGGCAAAACCCUGCCUCUACUAAAAACACAAAAAUUAGCGGGGCGUGGUGGCGGGUGCCUGUAAUCCUGGCUACUUGGGAGGCUGAGGCAGGACAAUCGCUGGAAGCUGGGAUGCGGAGGUUGCAGUGAGCCAAGAUCGCGCCACUGCAUUCCAGCCUGAGCGACAGGAAGACUCCGUCUCAAAAAAUAAAAAAGGAGGCCAAGAUCGCGCCACUGCAUUCCAGCCUGAGCGACAGGAAGACUCCGUCUCAAAAAAUAAAAAUAAAAAAGGAGGCUCAACUGUGGGCUAGCAUAAGUUUGCUGAGCAUGCUUGAGGCAGGGUAAGCUGUGAUGUUCGGUGGGUUAGGUGGAUUCAGUGCAUUUCCAGCUGACAAUAUUUUCAACUCAUGAUGGGUUUAUCUGGAGGUGACCCCACUGGAAGUUGAGGAGCAUCUGUAAUUGGCUGUGGAAGUAAUCCUCAUUCCAUAAAAAUUUAACCACAAUUAGUACCCGUUUCCAAACCCAUGCUUGGGGCUGUCCCUUUCUAGGCAGUAAUCUGUUCACUCUCCUUUUAACCUCCAGUUGUUUGGUGUCUGAUUGUCCCCACUGAUACUCUGUUGUUAUUGGCUAACAAAUUUUUGAGCCUUUUACCCUGGUAUUAUUUUAAAACUGUUCAGUUAUUCUCCCAUGAAGUGUUUCUCCGAUAAAACAUUUUAUGCCAACCAUACUUUUCUUGUUUAGUAGUUGCAUUUCAGUAUAAUUUCUGAAACAAAACAAAAAUCAACUUUAAAGUGAAAAAUCAGGCUGGGCACGGUGGCUCACUUGAUGUCAGGAGUUUGAGAUCAGCCUGGCCAGCAUGGUGAAACCGUCUCUACUAAAAAUACAAAAAUUAGCCGGGCAUGGUGGCACACGCUUGUAAUCUCAGCUACUUAGGAAGCUGAAGCAGGAGAAUUGCUUAAACCCUGCAGGCAGAGGUUGCAGUGAGCAGAGAUCGCACCACUGCACUCCAGCCUGGGCAAGAGUGUGAGGUCCUGUCUUAAAAAAUCACUAGUAAACCCCAGAUCAGACAUGAUGCUACUCAAAUUGUGCAUCUCGAUGGAAUCUUCCAGUGGGUGGGAGGAGCACCACUCUGGCCUGGCUUCCUUCACUGUUCUGUCAGCUUUCCUAGAGCCCAGUCCAGCUGCAUCAGUGGCUGGGAUGGCAUUAGCAAACCCACUCCCUUUGCAUAUCAGUAGCACACCCUUAAAAUGCAUGCAAACUUUGAUUCCUAACUUUCAGAUUUCCUCCUACCGUGACAUGAAUUCUCACCAAACAAAGGCCAGAAUGUUUUUUUUGACAUAUUUAGCUAUUGAUAGGCUUUAAUUUUUCUUGAGACAGGGUUUCACUCUGUUGCCCAGGCUAGGUACAGUGGCAUGGUCUCAGCUCACUGCAGCCUCAAUCUCCCAGGCUCAAGCAGUCCUCUCACCACAGCCUCCCAAGCAGCUGGGACUACAGGGGCACCCCACCACACCCAGCUAAUUUUUUGUCUCACGAUGUUGCCCAGGCUGGUCUAGAACUGAGCUCAAGUGAUCUGUCUGCCUCAGCCUCCCGAAGUGCUGGGAAUUACAGGCGUGAGCCACUGUGCCCGGCCUUUAUUUUUUAUAAGGAACUUAGCCAUUUAGAGUGCUUCCAGAUUUAUCUUCUUCGGGCCAAAACCAGCAACAAAUAUAUGUACCAAAAGUUAGCAUCUUCCACUGGUUAACUGUUUCAAAACAGUGCAGUAGGCAGUGUAAAUGUGGCUCUAUUUUUGGAACUGUUACUGUUUAACGCUUGUUAAGCAUCCUGGGUAAAUAUAUCUUACACAGAUAAUCCUAGUGAGCUUCUUAAAAUAAGAGCAUAAAAGCUACUCGGGCAAGAUUUAGGGAGACAGGAAGCUAUACAUUGUUACUGUAGAUUAGUCUCAAAAGUUCUGAUCAACUUUCUAUUUUGACAUUUGGAGACAUCCAUAGGUGCUUCUCUUGUUAAAGAUUAAUGUCUCUUGUCUCUAAACCAAUUCGUGUUACUGGAAGGAAAGGCAACGCAAGUUUUAUAAAUCAGCCCCUUUGUGGGCUCCGUUUUGCUAUACUCUAUGUUCUCUGAGAGUGCUACCAACGGAAUUGAGAAAAUAACCAUCCAGACGGGCUAUUUGGGGGCUGAUCUUUACCCUGGAAUCUUCCUGGAAGGUGGACGGCCUAUGUCAUGCAGUUGUUAUGCAAGAGGUAUCAUGGGACCUUUCCUUCUGGGCGGUCAUGGAGCCGCGGCAGAGCCCUGGGUGACCCAGCAGCAGCUGCCUGCUGUGUGGCUGCCUUCACUGUCCUCCCCCACAACUGCUGUUGAUUUCUCUGCAUUGACCCUGCAGAUGUUUCCCUGGCCUUGUGGUGUUCCUUUGGACUUUUAAGGGACCUCUGUGCAUCUAUUUUAGUCCCCUUUCUGCUAGCAAUGCUCACUCCCCUAGUUUCCUUAAGCAGUUUUAUAAAAAACCUUCAGUGAAAAAUGGACUGCAAAAUACUAGCCAAGAAGGCGAAGCCAUCUGGAAAAUCCCCAGAUUUGGCUAUUGUGUGCUGCAGUCCCAGCCCCCUUCUACAGCCAUGACAUGCAUAUCAAUGCAGGUGCCCUUGAGACUCCUGCAGGUUCGAGAAAGCAUGACAUGCUCCCAGAAUCCUGGAUUUGGACAUCAUUCUGGACAGCAUAUGACAAGGACGAGGACCCCUAUUCUAGCCAGUUAAAGCUGGACAGAAUUUUUAAAAGCAAUGAAGCCAGUUCCUUGGAUAUAUCCACGGGCUUUGCUUUGAGAAGGAACUGAGUGGGCAGUGAGAAGAGUCGAGUGAAGCCUGGCCCGUGAGUGCCUCAACAACUGAGAUGAACGUCGACUCGCUUGCAGGCAAGUUGUCACUCAGCAGCGAUCUGAACUAUAUCCUGGGUUCCAGAAAAGGCAGAGGUUCUUACCGAAAGCAGGGGAGGAAGCUGCAGCCCAAGGAGGUCGUCACUUGCCGGGAAGGUGGCUCGGGCCAGGCUGCACUCAAAACCCGUGCUCUGUCCACACUGCUACGGGGCCAGAGCCAAGGAAGCUUCCACUUCUUCCCCCAGACAGCCCCAACAGCGGCUACCCCAAGGAGCCAGCAGCCUUGUGUCCUGGGAUCCCCAGCCCCUGCAGAAUGACCCACCAGGAUCUGAGCAUCACAGCCAAACUCAUCAAUGGAGGUGUAGCAGGGCUCGUGGGGGUGACCUGCGUGUUCCCCAUCGACUUGGCCAAGACUCGCCUGCAGAACCAGCAUGGGAAAGCCAUGUACAAAGGAAUGAUCGACUGCCUGAUGAAGACGGCUCGGGCGGAGGGCUUCUUCGGCAUGUACCGAGGGGCUGCAGUGAACCUCACUCUGGUCACUCCAGAGAAGGCCAUCAAGCUGGCGGCCAACGACUUUUUCCGGCAGCUGCUCAUGGAAGAUGGGAUGCAGCGGAACCUGAAGAUGGAGAUGCUUGCCGGGUGUGGGGCUGGGAUGUGCCAGGUAGUGGUGACCUGUCCCAUGGAAAUGCUCAAGAUUCAGCUGCAGGAUGCUGGACGCCUGGCCGUCCAUCAUCAGGGCUCGGCCUCAGCACCCUCCACCUCCAGGUCCUACACAACUGGUUCGGCUUCCACCCACAGGCGCCCCUCUGCCACCCUCAUUGCCUGGGAGCUGCUCCGCACUCAGGGCCUGGCUGGGCUCUACAAGGGCCUGGGUGCCACUCUCCUCAGAGACAUUCCUUUCUCCAUCAUCUACUUCCCACUGUUUGCCAACCUUAACAACCUGGGGUUCAACGAGCUCGCCGGUAAGGCGUCCUUUGCACAUUCCUUUGUGUCAGGCUGUGUGGCAGGUUCCGUAGCUGCGGUCGCAGUGACGCCUCUAGAUGUUCUGAAAACUCGAAUCCAAACCCUCAAGAAAGGCCUGGGUGAGGACAUAUACAGUGGGAUCACCGACUGUGCCAGGAAACUCUGGAUUCAGGAGGGACCAUCUGCCUUCAUGAAAGGCGCUGGCUGCCGGGCACUGGUCAUAGCACCUCUCUUUGGGAUUGCUCAAGGGGUCUAUUUUAUUGGGAUUGGAGAGCGCAUCUUAAAGUGUUUUGACUAGACAGAGCUGGAGGUCAAGUCCCUGCGCUCGCCGCCCUCUCUCUAGCUGUUUUACUUAGCCUAGAGGGGGCAAGGGCAGGUGGGGCCAUUCUGGCCUGCCUGGUCCUCUGCGUUGUAGUGCUACCUCAAUCUCGGGAGAAACAGCCCUAUAUUCUAACAAGUUGAGCACAGCCUUCUUCCCCUUCGUGUCUACGCUCGUUUUCCUUUGUGGGCACAGCUACCAGAGGCUUUUGGAAGCCCCUAACCACCUACUUUUCAACAAAAAUGGUACUUUCGUUGUAUUAAUUGCAGGACCUUAACAGGUAGUCACAAUAG